AUGCCAAAGUGCAAAUCGUCAAAGAAAUCACGACGACGGAUAAACCUCAAGGACUACAAUGAGGUGUGUGAGGAGGCUGACAACUUUAUCAAACUUGCAGAGCGAGGACUCAGCACCACGAUGAAUAUGACAGGUGACGAUAAGCUUAUUAAAACUUUUGAAUGGCAAAACAAGUUAUUAAGUAAACGCGGUGCGGGUGUGCAAAUGGAGAAUGAAAGAUUGAAAUGGGUAAAUUUUGAUAAGGCAUUCGAUGAUCGUUUACAAACCAGUGCUAUUAUGAAUUUAUCGUAUAAAGAUAUUAACUCGUUCUUGGAUGAUGCCUUUGCUUUAUUCAAAAUUAAUAUUCAAAAAGCUUUAAACAGGUUUGGUUCGCUAAAAGUGUAUACCGUGUUAGGCGCGAAAUUUGUUAAAGAUUCCAUUGACGGGAAAACACAAGAAAUAUCAGAUUUAAAGACAUUUAUUGCGAAAACCGGUGAAAUUUUAGUUACAACCCCAUUAGAUGACUGGUACAAUGUUUAUGUUAAACAAGUAACCCUAAAAAGAAUGGAGGAAUUCCAAGAGAAAGAUUCUAAUUGGAGACUUCAUUCUAUUGAAAGGUUGGAAGUUAACAUUAACAAAUACAACCCAAUGCGUGCAAGCUCGUAUAUCAAUUUGCCAUCUGCUAUCAAUAGAAAGCAUGCCUGCAUAAAUGUUCAAAACACCGAUAACCAGUGUUUUAAAUGGUCAAUAUUGUCAGCGUUAUAUCCCUCAGAUAAUAAGCAUGCACACAGAGUUGCAAAAUACAGGCAAUAUGAAGAUUCACUCGAUUUUACUGGAAUUGAAUUUCCAGUUGCACUUAAAGAUAUUUCAAAGUUUGAGGUUUUAAACAACAUUUCAGUCAACGUUUACGGCCUUGUCAAAAGAGAUGAAAAAUUUAGUGUUUCACCUCUACAUCUAUCAUCACAAAAGAAAAUUCAUCAUGUUAACCUUUUACGAGUUGAAGACCACUACAUUGAUGAAAAUCAUGAAGAAGAAGAGGAGGAGGAGGAGGAUGAAGUUGCUAUCAUGUCAUUCAACUACCACUAUGUCUGGAUCAAGGAUUUGUCGAGACUCGUCAGUUCAGACUUAUCAAAGAAGAAGAACAAAAAAUACAUCUGUGAUCGCUGCUUACACUAUUUUGGAGAAGAAUCUAAGCUGAACGAACAUGAAGAAAAUUGUAGAGUGAUGAACGACACAAGAAUUAAAUUGCCUCAACUUGGAAAAAAUAUCCUUGAAUUUCAACAUUUCCAAAACAAGGAACGUGUGCCUUUUAUUAUCUAUGCGGAUUGUGAGAGUCUUUUAAUUCCUACAGAAGCACCAAAAGAAAUAUCCAAUACAGAAGUUUUUCAAAAUCAUGAAACUCUCAGUAUUGGAUAUUACUUGAAGUGCGCUUUUGAUGAUUCUUUGUCUGUAUACAAAUCGUCUCCAAGAGAUGAGGAGUAUCCAGCAAAGUGGUUUGCAAAGGAAUUAAAAAAUUUGGCUGAUAAUAUAGAUUCUUUAUUUAAAAAUCCUGUGCCCAUGGAAACUCUAAGUUCUCAGCAAUGGGUAGCUUUUCGAAAUGAUAGCACAUGUCAUAUUUGUAAAAAGAAAAUCGAGCCUGGACAAGUAAAAGUAAGAGACCAUUGUCAUCUAACAGGGAAGUUUCGUGGACCCGCGCAUCAAGAAUGUAAUAUUAAUUACCAUGAAUCGCAAACCAUACCUGUCGUUUUUCAUAACCUAAGCGGCUAUGAUGCACACUUUAUCAUUGAAUCGAUUGCUACUGAAUUUGAAGGUAGUUUUAUAAAAUUUCGUUUUAUCGAUUCUUUUAAAUUCAUGGCAUCAUCAUUGGACAAGUUAGCAUCCUAUCUUAAUGAGUACAAAAUUGUUAAUUCUGUUUUUUCCAACUAUAGUGAUGACAAAAUUCAAUUGUUAACUCGAAAAGGAGUUUUUCCCUACGAGUACAUCGAUUCAAGGGAAAAACUCAAUGAAACAGAGUUACCACCCAAAGAAAAAUUUUAUAGCACUUUAAACGAUUCGAAUGUCUCUGAUGAUGAUUAUACCCACGCGCAGAAAGUUUGGAAUGAAUUCAAUUGUCAAAAUCUCGGUGAUUACGUAUACUUGUACAUGCAAACCGAUAUAUUGUUACUCGCGGACAUUUUUGAAAAUUUUAGAAAUCAAUGUUUAGUCGCGUACGGUCUUGACGCAGCGCAUUAUUAUACAACACCGGGACUAACAUGGGAUGCCAUGUUGAAGUACACGGAAAUAAGAUUGGAACUCCUCACUGACAUUGACAUGGUAAUGUUUAUAGAACGUGGUAUAAGAGGUGGAGUGAGUCAGUGCAUGAAUCGUUACGCAAAAGCUAAUAAUCAUUAUAUGAAGAAUUACAAUGAGAGUGAGGAAACAUCUUAUAUCAUGUACUUUGACGCAAAUAACUUGUACGGUUGGGCCAUGGUUCAGUCACUUCCCUAUGGUGGCUUCAAGUGGGUAGAGAAUGUCGAUAAUAGUUUUGAUUUCAAUGUUGCAGACGAUGCGCCUACGGGUUACAUUUUGGAAGUUGAUUUGGAUUAUCCAGAUCAGCUUCAUGAUAAACACAGCGAUUUUCCAUUUUGUCCGGAACGCUCGAAGCCACCAGGGUCAAAACAGGAGAAGCUCCUAACUACCCUCCUACCGAAACGAAAGCACGUUCUCCAUUAUCGUGCCUUAAAACAAGCUAUUGACAACGGUCUCGUGCUAGUUAAAAUUCAUCGCGUCUUAAAAUUCGAACAAUCCAUGUGGUUGAAAAGUUACAUUGACUUUAAUACUACGAAAAGAACAAACGCUAGUAAUGAAUUUGAGAAAAACUUGUUUAAAUUGAUGAACAACGCAGUAUUUGGCAAAACAAUGGAGAACGUGCGGAAACAUGUGGAAAUUAAACUUGUGACAAAGUGGGAGGGUAGGUAUGGAGCUGAAGCCUUAAUCUCCAAACCUAAUUUCCACAGCAGAGCCAUUUUCAAUGAAAACUUGGUUGCUGUGGAACUUAGAAAAAUGGAAGUUCUAAUGAACAAACCACUUUAUAUUGGUUUAACCGUGCUAGAUGUUUCAAAAACGCUAAUCUAUGACUUUCACUAUGAUUAUAUGCUGAAAAAAUAUGAUGAAAAGAAACUAAAAUUAUUGUACACCGACACCGAUAGUCUUAUUUAUGAAAUCAAGUGCUCAGACAUUUACGAAGACAUGAAGAAAGAUAUUCAAAAGUUUGAUACUUCUGAUUACCCAACAAAUAACGUGUACAAUAUUCCGCAAGCCAACAAAAAGAUAUUAGGCCUCAUGAAGGAUGAGUGCAGUGGAAAAGUUGUAACAGAAUUUGUUGGCUUGCGGAGCAAAAUGUACAGCGUUCGCGUAGAAGAGAAAGAUUUAAUAAAAAAGGCUAAAGGUGUGAAAGCAUUAGUUGUAAAGAAAAAUAUCGACUUUGAUGAUUAUGUUUAUUGUCUACAAAAUGUUAAAAUCCAAUCGAGGACGCAAUAUUGUAUUCGGUCGAAUCUUCACAAAGUACAAACUUUGAAACAAACAAAAAUUGCUUUAAGUCCUUAUGACGACAAGAGAUACUUAAUAGAAAACAGCACCGACACCCUCGCAUGGGGUCAUUGUAAAAUUCUUGAAAUUGACGACGAAGAAGAUAAAUUAAUGUGA